UCAGAGUCUCGCUGUCCAAGUAUUGCCUUGGUGCAGCGAAAGGAUCUUCUGACUUGGUGGGUGGAGUAGUUUGAGGAGCCAUGGCUGACGAAAUCGCCAAGGCGCAGGCUGCUCAGCCGGGAGGAGAUACGAUUUUUGGAAAAAUUAUUCGUAAAGAAAUUCCUGCGAAAAUAUUCUACGAAGACGAGCAGUGUAUAGCCUUCCAUGAUGUGGCCCCUCAGGCCCCCAUUCACUUCCUGGUUGUGCCACGGAAGCCCAUCUCCCAGCUGUCCACAGCUCAGGAUGAAGAUGUUGCUCUCCUGGGACACAUGAUGAUUGUUGCCAAGAAGUGUGCAGAGGAAAUGGGCUUGUCCAAGGGCUACCGGUUGGUGGUUAAUGACGGGCCGGAUGGUGGCCAGUCUGUCUACCAUGUUCACAUCCACAUCAUGGGUGGCCGUCAGAUGGGCUGGCCUCCCGGUUAACCAGUACUGACCACAGAAGACCUGGACCCUACUUCACCGGUCUUCUGAAAUGUAGGGAAAAAAUCAGUCUUGAUUCUGCAUUUGCUGUCAAUCUGUCACGUGUUCACUGUGGAAGAAUUUUGUGGAAAAUAAAUAAACUUGCAGUAA